GCAUUCGAAAUAGCUAUAAAAAUGCCCUCAUCUCCAUAGCUCACGCCCCCUCCUCCAAUCCAAAUUCAUUUCUCCCCUUUUUCUUACCCUUUGUCUUUCGCCCAAGCAAGUAUCGCCGGAAGGUAGAGUCCGGGUUUCUGCUUCAGAGGGAGAAAAGGAAUCGGAAAGCCCUAGGUUUUCUGUUCAGUCGGUUCCUGAUUUUUUAUCUGCUCAGUUCGUCGGAUUUUGAUUUCAGUGUGGAGAAAUGGCUCUGGAGAUCACCCAGUUUUUGUUGGCUGCUCAAUCGUUGGAUACUAAAGUUCGCACAGAAGCAGAGGCUAGCCUGAGGCUGUUCCAAGAGCAGAAUCUUCCUGUUUUCCUUCUUUCAUUGUCAGUUGAGCUUGCAAACAAUGAGAAGCCAAUUGAAUCUCGUAGGUUGGCUGGUCUUGUGCUUAAGAACUCAUUAGAUGCAAAGGAUGCUGUUAGGAAGGAACAGCUUGUUCAACAAUGGAUGGGAAUUGACAUCUCUAUCAAAUCUCAAAUAAAAGACUUGCUAUUGAGGACUCUUGGUUCAUCUGUGCCUGAGGCAAGACACACUUCUUCUCAAGUUAUUGCCAAAAUUGCUUCAAUUGAGAUUCCCAGGAAGCAGUGGCCAGAACUUAUUGGAUCAUUGCUUAACAAUAUGACCCACCAAGACAGCCCUGCUGCUCUGAAGCAGGCAACCUUGGAAACUCUUGGAUACGUUUGUGAGGAAAUAUCUCAUGAGGAUCUUGUGCAAGAAGAAGUGAAUGCUGUUCUCACUGCUGUUGUGCAAGGCAUGAAUCUGGCUGAACACAGUUCUGAUGUUCGUCUUACAGCAACAAAGGCUUUGUAUAAUGCUCUGGAGUUUGCACAGACCAACUUUGAGAAUGAAAUGGAGCGUAAUUUUAUCAUGAAGGUAGUAUGUGAGACAGCCAUGUGCAAAGAGGCAGAGAUUAGGCAGGCUGCUUUCGAGUGUCUUGUUGCAAUAGCAUCAACAUAUUAUGACAUGCUUGAGCCUUAUAUGCAGACCCUAUUUGAGCUUUCAUCAAAUGCAGUUAAAGGAGAUGAAGAGGCUGUUGCACUCCAAGCAAUUGAAUUCUGGAGCUCUAUUUGUGAUGAAGAGAUAGAACUUCAAGAAUUUGAGUCUCCUGAGAGUGGUGACUCCGGACCUCCCCAUUCUGGCUUCAUUGAGAAGGCCCUGCCUCAUCUAGUUCCUUUGUUGUUGGAAACUUUGCUGAAGCAGGAAGAGGAUCAGGACCAGGAUGAUACCAUCUGGAACAUAUCCAUGGCUGGUGGGACAUGUCUAGGUCUUGUUGCAAGAACUGUUGGGGAUGCUAUUCUGCCUCUUGUUAUGCCAUUUGUGGAAUCUAACAUUGCGAAACCUGAUUGGCAUUGUCGAGAGGCAGCCACAUUUGCAUUUGGCUCCAUCCUUGAAGGUCCAACCAUUGAGAAACUCUCUCCAUUGGUACAUUCAGGUUUGGAAUUUCUGCUUAACGCAAUGAAGGAUGAAAACAAUCAUGUUAAGGAUACAACUGCUUGGACUCUUAGUCGUAUUUUUGAGUUACUGCAUAGUCCAGCUAGUGGAUUUUCUGUGAUUACUCCUGAGAAUCUCAAACGUGUUCUGGGUGUGUUGCUGGAGAGCAUUAAGGAUGCUCCAAAUGUAGCAGAGAAAAUUUGUGGAGCAAUAUAUUACCUUGCCCAGGGAUAUGAAGAUGCUGGCGCUAGCUCCUCUCUCCUCUUGCCAUAUCUUACAGAAAUAAUCAGUUCUCUUAUGGCAACUGCAGAUCGUACAGAUGGUGGUGACUCUAAACUUAGAUCUUCUGCUUAUGAAACUUUGAAUGAAGUUGUGAGGUGUUCCAAUGUUAAAGAAGUGUCUCAUAUUAUAGUGCAGUUGCUACCAGUCAUUAUGAAUAAGUUGAGUCAGACUGUGGAGCUUCAGAUUGUAUCAUCUGAUGAUAGAGAAAAACAAGCUGACUUGCAAGCUUCUCUGUGUGGCGUUCUCCAGGUUAUUAUUCAAAAACUUAGCAGUGAAGAUGAAACCAAACCCAUAAUACUUCAGGCUGUGGAUCAGAUUAUGGUUCUGUUCCUUAAGGUGUUUGCUUGUCGCAGCUCUACUGUGCAUGAGGAGGCAAUGCUUGCAAUUGGUGCACUGGCUUAUGCCACUGGACCUCAGUUUGAGAAAUAUAUGCCCGAGUUCUACAAAUACCUUGAGAUGGGAUUGCAGAAUUUUGAGGAAUACCAGGUUUGUUCCAUCACAGUUGGAGUUGUUGGUGAUAUUUGCCGUGCUUUGGAUGAUAAGAUCUUACCAUACUGUGAUGGGAUCAUGGGACUUCUUCUUAAAGAUCUUGCUAGUUCUGAACUCCACCGGUCGGUAAAGCCCCCGAUAUUCUCUUGCUUUGGGGACAUUGCUCUUGCAAUUAGUGAACACUUUGAGAAGUAUGUCCUCUAUGCAUUACCUAUGAUGCAGGGAGCUGCUGAAAUCUCUGCCCAGAUGAACCCUGCUGAUGAAGAGACAAUGGAAUAUGGAAACCAGCUCAGGCGUAGUAUUUUCGAGGCUUAUUCUGGGCUUCUUCAAGGUUUCAAGAACGUGAAGCCUGAUGUGAUGGUUCCAUAUGCCCAACAUCUCUUGAAGUUUAUUGAACUAGUUUCCAGAGACAGACACAGGGAUGAAAGUGUCACAAAAGCUGCAAUUGCUGUGAUGGGUGAUCUUGCAGAUGCGCUUGGUCCCAAUAUGAAACUUUUGUUUAAAGACUGUUCAUUUUUUGCUGAUUUUCUUGGUGAAUGUCUCCAAUCUGAUGAUGAACAGCUCAAGGAGACUGCCAGUUGGACCCAGGGUAUGAUUGGACGUGUUAUGGUUUCAUGAUCGGAAGGAUCCUCUGUUGGGUAUAAGUUGUCACCUUGGUCACUCUUUUUUUAUUCUUCUCGUAAAUGUCUUUUCUUUCUAGUCUUCCAGUAAGCCCUAUAGGGUGUCAGGGAACCUUGUAUGUGUUGCCGAUGUGGGUACUGCAUUUUUGGGAUUUUCUUAAAUCUGCUCAUCAUUUGUCAUGGGAUAGAGAGCCUUGUAAAGUUCCAGAAUGUUUAAGGCCACUAAAUGGAUGUGGCAGUAAUUUGUCAAACUCUCUGUCUGAAAUGCAUUCCACCAAUCGGUGGUUGGUUGAGUCAAUUUUUAUGCAUUUGCAAUUGUCAUUACAUUGCUGCUGCAUUUUCGUAUGAUUCUGAUGUCUGUCUGCAAUUCAUUUGCGAAAAUUUUGAAUGUAAAAAAUUCUUUUGCUUGGACUCCUUUCGGUGUAAAAUAAAUUGUUUUUUUCUAC